AGAGGGACAGAGGAAAGAGAUGAAUAGAAGGAACCAGAACCACCUACCAUGACCAAAUGCGCUGUAAAUGUAGGACAGAAAUUCGAGUGGAAUACAAACGGAUCAUCAAGCGACAUAUUCGAGGGAAAACCAUGUUUGGAUGUGCCUUAUCUGAUUCAAAUAUUUUUAAAUAUGGUACCACAUACGAUCAUGGGAACACAGGAAAAGUAUUUUCCCUCCCAAACAUUUCUUGCAUUUUGAAAUGGAAAAGAAGAGUGGCAGUAAAAUACAUCCCUUUGCUACCUUUCUCCGAUUAUCAAUGGUAGGCAUUGCAUAAUUCACCCUUAUCCACCGGAGCCAUUUGGUUCCUCCUCUUUGGGAAGAGGGGGACGCCAGAAAAAAACGACUACAUCCAGUAGCUGCCUUCUCGGUGGUGCUUGCAAUUGUUUGGCUAUGCCCUUUUCUCUCUUAGGAAGGACUUGCAGACAGUAGCGGCGGAACAAGCAGGGGAAGGAUGCAUUUAACGCUGGGUGUGUGUUGCAUUCAGGGAGAUUCGGCAGUAAUAGCAGCUCUACCAGAAACAGCGAGUGCGGAGGGCCUGGGAAGCACCCAGCCCCACUAUAUCCUCCUUUUCCUCCCCCCCUGCAGGACCAUGCUUGCGUGAGGGAUGAGGUUGUGCACAGGGACACCAGGCCAGAGCUGCGGCCUACUUCUCACAAGAGCCGGUCUCUCGACUGCAAGAUCUGUGAACACAUUGACACCAUCAAAUCAGCAUCUUUGGUCAUCAGGUAGAUCCAGGAGCAUGAGCAGGACUUUGAGCUGCGGGAGCAGAUGUCUGGGUAUAAGCGCAUGCGGCGGCAGCACCAGAAGCAGCUGAUCGCCCUGGAGAACAGGCUAAAGGCCGAGAUGGAUGAGCAUAGGCUCCGGCUGCAGAAGGAAUUAGAAACACAAGCGAACAACACUUACAUUGAGCUGGAAAGACUGGCCAAGCGCCAGGCUGCUCAAACAGACAAAGAGACAAAGUCAGCUGCAGCAGAAGAGAGGAGGAUCCAGCAACAGAUUGUUGCUCGGCAAAAGAAAGAGCUGACUUCUUUUCUAGAGGACCAGAAAAAGGAGUACAGGCUUUGCAAAGAGAAGAUCAAAGAAGAGAUGAACGAAGACCCUUGCAUAUCCAAGGAGGAGAAGCAGGAGCGUCUCUCCAGGCACAAAGAAACAAUGCAGCGCUCUCAGGCUGAGGAGGAAGCUCAUCUGCUGGCCCAACAGAGGGUGGUCUAUGACCGGAGCUGCAGGGCCCUAAAACGCCGCAGUCUACUCAGGAGGCAUGAGUUUGAACAGGAGCAGCUGAGGGAGGAGCUUAACAAGAAGAGGAUCCAGAAAGAAAUGGAACAUGCCCUGAUGAUCCGGCAGGAUGAAGCCACCCAGGACCUGGAGCGCAGGCAUUUGCAGAUGCUUCAGAAGCUGCGUGUUGAACUCAUGCGGCUGCAGCACCAGACAGAGCUCGAAAACCAGGAUGAGUACAAUGGGCGACGGCAGAGGGAACUCCACAGAAAACACAGUCUGGAGCAGCGGCAGCAGCCCAGAAACCUCAAGAUGCUGGAGAUGCAGAUCAAGAAACAGUUCCAGGACACUUGCAAGGUGCAGAACAAGCAGUACAAAGCACUUAGGAACCAUCAGCUGGAGGUCUCUCCCAAGGGCGACCAUAAGAGCAUCCUGAAGAACCUAAAAGAGGAGCAGACACGUAAGCUGGCUGUACUGGCUGAGCAGUACGAACGGAGCAUCAACGAGAUGAUGGCUUCACAAGCGAUGCGAUUAGAAGCAGAGCAGGAAACCGAGUGCCAAGCUCUGAAGCAGCAGCUGAAGCAAGAGAUGGAGCUCUUGGAUGCCUACCAGAGAAAAGCCACGUCACAGAUGGAGACCCAACAUGAACGAGAGCAGCAGAAACUUGAGCAAAAGGUCUCCAUACGCAGAGCACACCUUGAACAGAAGAUUGAAGAGGAAUUGGCCGCACUUCAGAAGGAACGUACUGAAAAGAUCAAGCACUUGUUAGAACGACAGGACAGAGAAAUUGCCGCCUUCGAAGUAGAAAGUAGAAGUCUCGGCUUUGGAAGCCUGGGAUCUCUGGACUUCCCCAAAGAAGACAACAGAUGAAAGUGGAUUUAUCUUUAGAGGACAGCAUAUCUAUGCCCUUUUCAUUUCCACUUGACCGUUCAUCACACCCACAGUGACAGAGCUGGAUAACUUGCUUUUCUUCUCGAGGUGUUACGUGCAAUGAGAACUUCUUUUGUGCAACAAAUAAAAGAAUCUACAACAACGUGUCAACAAUAAAAGUCAAACCUAGUCAGUGUAACUGAAAUAAGACUCUCUUUCCUCCAUGCCAUUUGGUAUGAAUCGAAUAAAUCAGGAAAUUUUAGUAAAAUGGGCACUUUGAUAUGUUUAAGUAGAAACCCAUCAUGUUCAUAUGAUGUAUACUGUGUGAGUUAGUUGGAGGGACAUUGUGGAAUGUGAGCUGCGGACUUCCCCUGGUGUUAAGCUGCUUUGUCUUUUUUAUCAGCUUUAUUUUAUUUAGUUGUUUUAUUUUAUGCUCCGAAUGUGAAUAUUACUGUAUGGGGGUCACUGGAUAAAGUCAGAGUUAAUUCACUGUUUUAAGGGUUCUUUUGGGUCAUUAUUCCAUAUUGUGCUUAUGCAUACAGUAUACUGUGGUCCCUCACUUUUGUAGGCAACAGUUCUUACCUUUUCUUUUAUUCAAUAUGUAGGAUCAAUUGGCAUUAGCUUGAUCAACCUGUUUAUCUUAUCACAAAUCAAGAUUCCACUUGCUAAAACUGCUUAUUAUUGCAUGCACUUUAAGGACAAAUUCAGGUUGUGAAGUGACGCAUGAAUCUGUCAGAGAUUUAAGCUGUUUGUAAAUAAAAGUGGUCAUAGCAUUUUUUUUAAGCCUAUGGAUACUGGACAUAAGCGCCAUAUUUGAUAUGAUAAUUUCACAAAUGCCUUUAUUUAAGUUGUGCCGGAAGCAGAUUUUAGUUACGUGUUUGUUAUAUUUAUAUUUUAUUUACUGAGGCUGGCACUGUUUUGUUUUGAUUUCAUCUGAACUUGUGAAUCAUUUAAUGUUCACUAAUCAAAGUUCUUGUAAAGGAAAAUAGUGAGAAUUGUGAUGUAUAACUUUUGAUAUGAAUAUUUGUACAUGAGAAUAUUGCUAGAACAUACAGAGACACUGGUCUAUUACUGUAACAAAGCUUAAAGAUAAAGACUUUGCUUUGUUUUUGUUUUAUAAUAUAGAGAUAUGGUCAGACAAUAGCUCAAUAUAAUGCUACGUCAAAUCACUAGACUCUCAGAUUGUAUAAAUGCUGGUAAAUGGAACCGCAGACUUCCUAUAGUAUCAGUAUUGUGAUCUUUUUCAGGUCAGUGGUUCUUCAAAAGCAAACACAACAACGUGGGUCCAGAUUGCAUUUGAGUAAUUCGUGUCUAUUGAUCAGAUUUACAUAUUCUUUGCCAUGUUCAUUGAGGUCAUUGAACAGGUUGCACAAUAUUUCCUUUUAUACUGAAUGGAAAGAUAAUUGUUUGGUGCUUAAUUUCUAAUACCACCUUUAGCCUUGUAGUGUUUUGUCUUGGAGAGGCAAUUGAUUUUUGCAAAAUGUAAACCUGAAGCAUUUUGAACCCCCUCUGACUCAAAACACUACUAAGUUUUUCAGACACUCAUGACAUAUUUAGAGUACCCCAUGCAGUGAAACCCUCUAACAUUGAAAUACAUAUAUGAAAAAAAUAAAUGCUAUUUUAUCACGGAUCAAUUUUUUGAAACAAUGUUUAGCGUGGUGGUCUUGAAGGCAGCCCUGUUAUGUUUGACAGGUAUUUCUUUACCUGUUUUUUACAUUUCAGAGCCACAACUUGUAUUGAUGUUUAGUCAUGUUCCUCAUAGGGCUGAAAGGUGGAGUAUGACCCUGAAAUCACAAAGUAUUUUGAAUAGAGGAAUUUAACGGGAUUCAAAUAUCAUUUCUGAAGGCAAUAGAACUCAAAUCCUCUCGUUUUACAUGUAGAAAUUGAAAUUCUGAAUUUGUUUGACCAGAAUGUGUUGGACGGCUCCUCUAGAUUUUUCAGCCUUUUUCACAAUCUUUUUUGAAAUUUGAUGAAAAGUUUCUCAUAUGCAGUAAGGCCUUUUGUCUGGUCACAUAUAACUGAAGCCUUGUGGACAAAAAAAAGUGCUUUUGGGGUGCUUGAAUAAGGUUUCACAGAGGGCUUCAGAACAAUUAUGAACCUUAAAAUUUGUGUGAAUUUUAUGUUACUAGAAAGAUGUAUUUAGUUAGAGUAAAAGGGACUUUCCUAAACAACCUUAUACACCAUUUCCUGUGCAGUUAAAAGACAAA